GUUCCUGUUCCCCUCGGCGACGCCAGUACGGCAGUACGCCACGCCAGUGCCCAGUUGCAUUGACUCCUCCCCGGUCCCCACAUCUUGCCGCCAAUGGAUGUCGACGGGCCCGCCCCCGCCGACGCCUCUGCCAGGCCCGCCACCAACGGCGAGGCCCCCUCCGGCGCCCGCGAGGUCGACGUCGGCGAGGAGGACACGCUCGCCGGCGUCCUCCGCAGCUUCGUCGACGGCGUCUGGUACCCGGACGAGCCUCUGCUCCGGCGGCUCCGGGCGGCGUCCUGCGACGCCGCGCCGCGCCUGAGGGGGGCGUCCCGGAACUCCGCGCGGGACCUGCUUGAGUGGACCAGGCGGGGCAGCGGCCUCCGCGCCAUCCUCGUCAUCUCGGUCGGGACAAUCACGCUUAUAGCAUUGACUGGCCUUCUGACCUUCAUGUUCUUCCUAUUGGUUGCCACUGCUAAUGCGAUCAUUGUCUCAGUCUUGAUGUCACUGGCCGCUGCCGGAGGAUUCUUGGCCAUCUUCUUUGCUUGCUUGGUUGCAGUGUAUAUUGGAGCAGUAUCAGUUGCUAUCUUUGUCAUUUCUGCGACUGUUAUCUCAGCAGUUGUUGGAAUUUUGGUUGCUACCGGUUGGGUUGGGUUCUUCUGGAUUAUCUGGUUCACCGCAAGGAAGAGCAUGGUCCUGACGAAGCACUCCUUCGGCAUGACGAGCUCGGCAAUCCAAUCGUAUUCCGCGUCCCGGCAAGUGAAGCAGAAGCCUGUCGACUGAGGCUAGUUGGUUGCGUCCUGUAUGAAGCGGAUAUAUCUAUCUAUGUGAAUCACGGUUUUGCUGUUUGUUUGUUUGUAAGAGUGUAGAAGACAGCUUGCUUGUUGCGGCAGCUCUGUUUCUCUCGGUGACUAGGUGUAUAAUGCUAGCUCUGAACUUUGGCAGCAUGUACGUUCGGCAUGGCGGUCAAUGCUGUUAUUUAAAGGAUAGUGAGCAGAUGUUAAUGUUUAUAGCAAAUAAAAGCAUGUUAAUGU